AUGGCCCCAUGUCAGUUGCCAUAUAGAUGUAGUGGGGGUGGGGUGGGGGGUAGUAGUUUGCACUGUGGCCAUCAGAUGGCGCUUAAGAGGCUCCACGGUCCUACAGAUAGAGUUGAAUGGGAUCCAGUGAUCUGCCACAGAGGCGGGAGGGGAGUGCUGCACAAGUCCUGGACGAGGUUUGAGCCAAAAGCCCUGUGCUGCCUGACUUUUAUCGGCAUUCCUCCGCCUGUCCGACCCGCAGGACGGAGCCUGACGGGUCACGAAAAGGACAAAAAGUGGGUUUGUGUGUGGAAUCAGUCCCCUACACAGCAUCUAGAUCCUCAGAGCAUGGGGGAGCAGCCCAUCUUCAGCGCCAGAGCUCAUGUCUUCCAGAUCGACCCGGCCACCAAACGCAACUGGCUGCCGGCCAGCAAACAUGCCGUCACCGUGUCCUUCUUCUACGAUGCCAGCCGCAGCGUCUACCGCAUCAUUAGCGUGGGCGGAACGAAGGCCAUCAUCAACAGCACCAUCACCCCCAACAUGACCUUCACCAAAACCUCCCAGAAGUUUGGCCAGUGGGCAGACAGCCGGGCCAACACCGUCUACGGCCUGGGCUUCUCCACAGAGCAACAGCUGCAGCAGUUUGCAGAGCAGUUUAAGGAGGUGAAGGAGGCGGCCCGCCUGGCCAGAGAGAAAUCUCAGGAGAGGUUUGAACUGGCUAACCCUGCUCUCAACAUUGCAGCUCCAGAGCUCUCCCAGCAGUUAUCGGAGGACCGCCAUUCUCCACCGCUGCUCACAGUCAAUGGGCCGGGCGAGGAAAAGCUGUUUCGCAGCAAGAGCGCCGAGGUGCAGCUGACGGCUGAGAAGGAGAGGGUGAAGAAGAUGUUGUCUGAAGGGUCUGUGUGUGAGAUAAACCUGGAGGCUGAACUCUUCACCCUGCAGGACAGUAACUCCAAGCUGGUGGAGGCACUGGAGGAAGCCAACAGCAGCGUGGAGCAGUGGAAGAAACAGCUGGCUGAAUACCAGGAGGAGACGGACCGCCUCAGAGACCAGGUGGCAGAGCUUGAGGCCCAGCUGGGGCAUCCUGCUGCUAGUCAGACUGCUAGAGAGGAGCUGAGUCGGUCACUGGAGGAGCUGGAGGCCCUACUGAGCGCCAAAGAUCAGGAAAUUCACAACCUUCAGAGCAAGAAGACAGAUGUGGGCGAGCUGGAGAAGGAGAGAGAGGAGGCCAUGCAGAGACUCCAGGAUCUGGAGAGACGAAACCACGACUUGGAGGAUCGGGUCCAGAGUGCUGAAAAGACGCUGGCCUCCAGUCAGGAGGAGCAGAACCAGGCGGAGGUCGAGGUCCGACGCAUCAUCGACGUUCUGGACGUCAAAAUCUGCGACCUGAACGAGCUGAGACAGAGCCUGGCAAAACUCAUCGACAAAUAGCCACAGCAGCAGUUGGGCUGCAUCUCCACAGUCGGCACAGGUUCCAACCAUGCGGCCUUGAUUUGUGUUUUACUGCUUUAUCAGCGGAGCAGCAAUCAAAGCAAUAUGGAGGAAAACAUACAGAUGUUCACCUUCAUGGAUCUGUUUUUUUAAGAUCAGUGCAGGCAAACAGGCGUCAAAAACCUCUUAAAGGUGCUAUGUGCAGAAUAAAACAUCAAUAUCACCUUAAUACUGCAACCGUAUUAUAAACAGUUGACAGUGUGGUCUAACUGGAUACUACCAUUAUUUUUCUAUAUCAUAGUUCCCAGCAGCUGCAUGUCCUUGAGCCCCUGAAGAGGAUAAUAUAAUUUUUACACCAUCUGCCAUCACUGAGCACUCUUUACAGCUUUAGAUCAAUUUGCUCUGGAAGAACAGCGCCCUCCACCUCUUUUGGGUGCCAUUGCAAGUCAGUGUAUUUUGCCUAAAUCUGACCUGGUGGUUUUCAAUGUAAAAUGUGGAUUAGUGGCUGCUGGGAGCUAAACAUUUUUUCAGUGAUGGUCUCACUUGUUGAUGGUAAUGAUACUGAUGUCUUAAAAGGACUGAAGAAAUGAUUUAUUGAUAGCAAACUCUACUUAAAGCACCUUUUAAAAAGAGGACUUGCACCAAAAGUGGUUUGCUAUUUUGUAACAGUGGACAUUUGCAACUAGUAUCAAAUGAUUUUUUUUACUUGUUAGUUUAUUUUUGCGUGAUGUAUCUUUAUUUAACACAAAGCAGGCAAUCUACUUGUGUUAGUAUACUCUCUUACUGAAUUAAGAGGCAAGGGUGGCAGUAAAACUCGGAAAGAAUCAAAAGAUAAUGGUCUGGCGGUGUUUAAUAAAGCCAGUGGUGCUGUGUUUUCCUGCAGAGGUCUCAGCCAUUUAACCGUGGCUGAGCACAGACAGUAAAACUGCAGCCCUGUAACAGCAGUGCUCGCGUCAGGACUUGAAAUGGUUGAAAACUAAUUUUAUGGAUAAUAACAUUUAUAUACUUAUACUAAACAUAAAUAUUUGAUCAUAAUUCUGGACAUUUGGGUUAUAGAAAGAGCAAAGCGACUGUGCAUAGAUGUUUUUUUUAAUGGGGUUUGGCAGAAGGCUGACACAUAAAAACUCAUAGCCUGAGGCUCACACUUAACAGUCCUGUAUGACUCGGCUUUUAGGAAUGCAUUUUCUUAGGUUACUGGUAGAUCACAGAAGUCAGCGUGAGUAAGACAAAUAUACAAAGACAGGCUAUACAAGUGAACAAGUGUCUACUUUUACAGAAUAACAACCCUUAAGCUCAUGCUGGUGUCAUCCUUCCUUCAGCACUGUGGAGAUGCACCCAGUAGGAGUCAGGAUAAGGACACAUUGAGGCAAAGGUCUUGAAUAAAGUCAGCUCUGGUUCACCAUCAGCAGCCUGGACUGGCCUCACACCAGCCAGAACAUCAACAAACUCAGAUGCAACAACCUGCUCCCAUUCUGUCCUCUGAGGAUCGCCAGCGUACGACCUUUUUUUUUUUUUUUUUUGGUAACAUUUCAUGAGGACUGCUCUUUUCUCAC